AUGGGAGCAAAGCAAAGAGCUCAGAACCGUGGCAAGAAGGCUGCUAGAGGCAGCAUGAAAGGCCAACCUAUGUCUCAGAAGCAGUUAAAUCAAUCAAUACUGGUACCUGAACUCGACCCAGCCUCUAGAUCCAGGUCACUGCAAAACUGGUCAAGCGCCGCUCAGUCCUCGUCAUCAGGUGGCCACCAUGGCUUUAGCAUGAGCGAGGAGGCUAGGAACACUGACAGAAGGACGGCUGCGUGGGGUACUACCUCUUUGCGUACUCAGGGUAUCUCAUUUGUUAGUGCUGGACCUUUAAAGAGGGAGGAAGAUGCAUGGAACACAGUCAGCGAAGACGAUUCACCGUUGAAGCAAUCUGACGUCGAAACGACGGUUGUUAGACAUACCCAGGCCGUUCCUGAAGAGAGCUCGUCAACUACAAGAGAGAAAGAAGCACUGCAUGAACCUGCAGCAGACUCCAAUACUCAUGACGCACAGCCCGUCACAACUCACCAGGUCGAUGCAGUUCCGUUUCCUACCACGCUCGCUGCACAAUCGUCGGAUAGCAAUAAUGCUGCUCCUGCUCCUGCCCCUACAGUUGUUGAGCCUCCAGUCUCGCCCUCAUCGGAAAGUGACGAAGAGAUCCUUUUCGCAGGCAGAUCUGCACCCAGUCGGCUACCUAGCAGGAAACCAACUCCCGCACCACCUGCUGUAGUGCAGGCCAGCAAACAGGUUGAGGCCUCUCCCGGUGCAGUGUCUACCACGAAACAGGAACAACAAAUGGCAGAUCCUGCCAUUUACCAGAACUCGAUUUCCCCUUCACCAGCCUCCGAUCACGACGAUGCUCAAGACCUGAAUGGAGAGCCUCCGAUCUCUGCCCGAACUCGUUCAAAACGCGAAACUGACAAAACGUUCCACCCUAGCCUCUUUAGUCGUAACGAGGACGCUCUUAUGCAGGACUACAUUGAAAACAUGGCCUUAGACGACUCCGAGGAAGACGACGAGGAGCAGGUGCCUGGUUCCGUACCGAUUCGAAAGUCCUUCAAGAAAACUCAAACUUUCCGCAUGUUCAACGGAGAUGGCCUUGAGAACGCGAAAGUACAAACAAGAAACAGAGGCAGUACGGUCCCUAUCAGAGAUGUUCCCGAGCACGCCUUUGACUGGAAUUCCGACGACCUUGCUGACUUUGACGAUCUAAGUACUACAGACGAGGAGGUUGACGAUGUUGGUCAGGUCAUUCGUCACCGAACUCGUGUCAGUGGAGCUCAAUAUCUGAUUAUUGCUGAUGGAGCCGAUGCUAGUGACGCAAAAUGGAUGCUACACGGUAGAUUGACUUCGGAGAGCGCUAUCAAAGAGAUUCAGAUAUACGAAGAGAUACGUCAGAUGAACAUCGAGGAAGACGAUAUCGAUGACGACGACGAUGAUAGCGAGGAGGAAGACGAAGAGGAUGAAGAAGCUCUGCAGGAUCUGAUUGACAAUAUUGAAUCUGAAGAUGACGAGAAUGCCCGCAUCAUCAACUACACAGCUCGCAUGACUGACGAGCAGAUAGCCCGUGCUCUUGCAAAGCAAGAAGAGCUCGGUCUGGGUAGUGACGAGCUAAUGCUGUUCGACGGUGAAGCCCCAGAGCAAGAGGAAAUGGAUGAUGUUUUUGGUGCUAACAACGACUUCAUUUCUUUCAAUCUUGGCAAGCACACUUCCAACAGAGGUCGAUCGAAGCGCAACAAGAAGCAACGUGAUAGCUUUCCUUCCGCUGAGGCGUUUGCAGAUGCAUUGGACCAGGAUCCGUAUGGUGCCUUUGACGUGAUGGAUUUUGAGAGGCCGAGUCUUCGACCAACGAAGAAGGGGAGGAAGUCUGAUUUUCCAUGGGAUCUAGGCGACCUCGAUGAAGAACUGCGUGAUCAGCUUGUCAACACCUGGACUAAGGAUCGAGAGAAGAAGGCUGAGCGCAAGCGACAGAGAGAGGAAGCUCGCCUUACCGCAACUCUGGAUGCAGCUGACGCGGGCGACCCUGCGAUCAUCAAGACUCGCAUCCGACAGUUCCUCGUACAAGACGUUGACGAGCUCAGACUAUCUCCAAUGGAGGCUGCAGUGAGGGCGGCAGUUCAUCGGUUAGCCAAAUCACUCAAGCUUCACUCCCGCUCUGAAGGAAAAGAAGGAAUUGGACUUGGUCGAUAUCCAGUGCUUACGAAGACAUCUCGCACACCACAAUACACGUUCGAGACCAUCUGGCAGAUCGAUGCUUUGAUGAACACUCGGAAGUUCUUCCCAAAGCACAUGGGAGCAGGCUCAAAGAAAACACCUCGAGUUUCUGGUGCCGCACGACCUGCUCGACGAGGUGGAGGUGGUGGCAUCAUGACUGGUGCAACCUACAGGGAUGGUGAGAUUGUAGGUGCUUCGGCUCCCGAGAUUGGAGUGGACAACAAAGGUCGUGCCAUGCUCGAGAAGAUGGGCUGGACCGCUGGAAUGGGUAUUGGUGCUGAGGGCAACAAGGGUAGUCUUGAGCAUGUCCGACAUAUUGUCAAGACCAGCAAGGCUGGCUUGGGCUAG